UUGUUUACCUUUGAGAGGAAAUUGUGAUUUCAGCUGGAGAGAGAGGGGCCGAGCCGCAGAGAGAAAGGAGAGAGAAAGCAGAGUUGCUCUUUGCAAUUUGCAUUUUUUAUCAGGCAACCCUAUCACUCCGUUACUUUCAACUUUAAAUGGGAAGGAUUAAAUGUUAUAUAAUUAAUUGCAUAUAUUAUAUAUAAUUAGUUAAUAAAUUUUAACAAACUUGGCUGAAACUUCAUAACAAAGGACUCUAUAUUUGUCUAGUCUACAAAAGUCUAAAAAUCUCUAUGAUAUCCAGAAUUCCAAGUCCUUUUUAGCAUUUAAAGGUUAAAGUUUAAGAAAUUAAGAAUUAUGUUUAGUAAAAAAUUGUUAAUAGUGAAGAAAAUAAAUAUCUUUCCCAGUGCACUUGCAUAACAGAGAGAAAGAGAGAGAGAAAGCGUUUGGGGACUUUUGUCCUGCGCAGGACAUUUGCUCUCCUUGGUUUCUUAAGCACUGCCUGCCUGCACCCCCCCUCAGAGGCUCAAGUGUGUCGGCUUAUCCGCUGGCAGGACUCAAAGGACUCAGGACUCAGGGCACAGGCAACCCGAUGUCUUGGGCUCGCCUUAUCCGUGGCAUUCACUUCCGGAACUCGGCUGCCGAGGAUAACAACAAAAACCGUGAGUAGCUGCGAAAAACGGCAAGGAGUCUGCGAAAAAAAGGAAAAAUAUCCUGGCGAGGAAAAAGGAUUAGAGCCAGCUGCAAGUUGCAAAAUUCCACAAGGAUGCUGUAAGGUCAGUGAGCAGAGAACCGGCUAUGGAAUCCGGCAGUGGACUCCCAUACAUAUCGCCACCAGCACCUGCACUCGCACCAGGACCUUGUCCAGCACCUGCACCGGCAUAGAGGAGGAGGCCCCUGGAGGAGCAGGAGCAGCCAUUCGCCACCGGAGUGACCAUGUUUGUGAUGAGCAUCUGGUGCAGCAGCCUCAGCCUGAGUAGCCGGAGCCUGGCCAUCGCCCUGGUGGUGUGCAUCACUCUGGUCUACUUCUCCUACAGCUUCAACGCCUGCCUCCUGGCCAGCAUCAGUCGGAGCCUUCAGCAGUAUCCUCCACUUACCCAGAGCAAUCUCCGCAACCUCCUGGCACUCACCUCCACGGCCCGCAAUGAGAGCAGUGAAGCGGGAAACAGUAGCAGCUCCACAAAUACCAGUAGCACCAAUGCCUCCAGCUCCGUAUCCACCAGUGCUCCGCCAGCUCAGGCCGUAACCAGCAGCCUGGAUGGAGCUCCCAAGUAUCAGCUGCUCCGGCAGCAGGGACUCCGGCCAUCGCGACAUCUGCCGGACACGUUGAUCAUCGGCGUCAAGAAGAGCGGAACUCGGGCGCUCCUGGAGUUCAUCCGACUGCAUCCGGACGUGAGGGCCGCUGGCUCUGAGGUGCACUUCUUCGACAGGCACUACCAACGCGGCCUGAGAUGGUAUCGCCAUCACAUGCCCUACACCAUCGAGGGCCAGAUCACCAUGGAGAAGACUCCCAGCUAUUUUGUGACCAAGGAGGUGCCCCAAAGGGUCUACCACAUGAAUCCGGCCACCAAACUGCUGAUUGUGGUGCGGGAUCCGGUGACGAGGGCCAUCUCCGACUACACCCAGGCGGCCAGCAAGAAGGCGGACAUGAAGCGGUUCGAGCAGCUGGCCUUCAUCAAUGGCUCCUACUCGGUGGUGGACACCAACUGGGGUCCGGUGAAGAUCGGGGUCUAUGCCCGCUACCUGGAGCGAUGGCUUCUCUGCUUCCCGUUGUCCCAGCUGCUCUUCAUCAGCGGGGAGCGUCUCAUCAUGGAUCCGGCCUACGAGAUCGGACGUGUCCAGGACUUUCUGGGUCUGAAGCGCGUCGUCACCGAAAAGCAUUUCUACUUUAAUGCCACCAAGGGCUUUCCGUGUCUCUUCAAAUCGGAGGCGAGGUCCACGCCGCACUGCCUGGGCAAGACCAAGGGCCGUAAUCAUCCGCAUAUCGAUCCGGCGGCCAUCGAGCGACUCCGGGAGUUCUAUCGGCCAUUUAACAACAAGUUCUACCAACUGACGGGAAUUAACUUUGCCUGGCCGUAGGCUUUAUCGUAAACUUGGUGCUGGAACUCCUGGAGUGGUUUCAGGUCUGGUCCUGGAGCUCAAGGAUAUAGAGAAGAUGUUGUUGUUGCCAGAGUGGCAAUGGACUGAUAUUGUUGAUUGCAUUUUUUGAUACGUGUAAUUGUACUUAUACACACAUAUACAGAUUAUAUAUAUAAUUAUAUUAUAUAUAUAAAUAUAACCGAUGAUUAGUGCUCAAUUAAAUGUAGCUUUAUCGAAAAAAACAAAAACGGAAAAAAAGAAGUGCGAGGAAAAAGGAGAAAUCAAGGCACUAUGACAGUUCCUCUUUUCAACUCAACUCAACUCGACCCAAAUCGAAUCACAUCGAAUCGGAUUGAAAGUCAUUCACACUAUACUACCUACGUUUACCUAACAUUAUAAUAUGCAUUCCAUAUAUAGUGACAGAAAUAGAGCUUACUACGAAAAUUCCUAACAGUCUCCACGCAUCCGGGAUCCGCGAUCCGCAGCUCCCCCCCAGCAUAACAUAUACACAUACGAUCGUACGAUGCGGCCCUAUAUAUAUACACAAGAUAUAUAAUUAAUAGUUCCAAUACUUCGAAUUGCAUGACUCAACCAAAUACAAUUGCUUAGCUAAUUUCAAUCAAAAACAAAACAACUUCUAAAUAAAUCAACUUUAACUCGAAACCUAGAAAGCGAAUGGGAAUAUGUGUUUUAUUUUAAAUUUAGAAAUAGAAAUCUUAACAUUUAGCCAUCUCCCAAUUAAACUAUAGGCAUUAACAUUUUUUAAAUUUAUUUAUUUAGUUUUGGUUUUAAUUGUUGGUGAACGAUUUCUUGUUUCUCAAACGUUCUGAUAUCUUCUUGGUUUUUACGGGCUUUCGGCUUAUUACUUUAACUUUAAUUAUUUGUUUUAUUUUAAGUACAAUUGAUUAAAUAAAUUGCGGUGGUUUGUUGUUGGUUGUUGUUGCUUUAGGUAUUUUUUUUUUCAUCAAGAUGUUCUUUGUGGUAGGGAGCAUGCCAUGGCUUCCAAAUCGUAAUUGACUUUGGAAGAUGAAUUGUUUUUCGGGGAAUCCUCUCUCCGGUUAAAGUUAAUUAAUUUCAUUAAAAUUAAAAUCUAUUUGUAGGGGGUGUAGUGUGUGUCGUGAUCGUAAAAUUAAUCUUAAACAAAUAAACUUAGUAGCUAUAGUAGUUUGUUGUGUGUGUGUGUUUUGGUUUAAAAACUAUGUGGUGUUCCUACAGGUUUCUU